AUGGGGGCCGACCCCCUGGCCGACUGGAGAGCCUCAUACCUCGACUACCUCGUCCGCGACACGCUCCCGGCAGACAAAACAGAGGCUCGUAGGAUCACGCGCCGCGCCAAAUCCUUCGCCGUCAUCGACCAGGAGCUCUACAAGAGAAGCCACACUGGGAUCCUCCAGCGCUGCAUCCCAAUCGAACAGGGAAAGGUGCUGAUCCAGGAUAUCCACACCAGAGCCUGCGGUCACCACGCUGCGCCAAGGACCCUCGUUGGCAACGCCUUCCGGCAAGGUUUCUACUGGCCGACCGCGGUCGCCGAUGCUACUCAGGUAGUCCGCACCUGUGAGGGGUGCCAAUUCUUGGCACACCAAACUCACCUGCCCGCGCAGGUGCUACAGACCAUCCCCAUCACGUGGCCGUUUGCAGUCUGGGGGCUGGAUCUCUUCAUCGGGAAGAGAUUCCUCCAGUUCUGCGACAACCACCACAUCCGAGUGGACUGGUCGGCCGUGGCACACCCCUGCACGAACGGGCAAGUCGAGCGAGCCAACGGUAUGAUACUCCAAGGUCUCAAGCCACGGAUCUUCGACCGUCUCAAAAAGUUCGGCGGACGGUGGGUUGCUGAGCUCCCCGCAGUCCUUUGGAGCCUGAGGACGACACCCAGCCGGGCGACGGGCUUCAUCCCGUUCUUCAUGAUUUAUGGUUCUGCACAGACUUGUUUGCAAUUUUGA